AUCUACGUAAAGCCCAAAACUCCCACCACCUCGUCGUACAACGUGCCAACAGUACACUCCCAAGUGACACAAAAAUUACCCACACCUCGGAGGCCCCCAAAAGUGUCUCAAAAAUUCCCAAAACAUCGUGCCAAACGAUGAAAAAAAACGUGUAACGAGUGACAAGGCACCCCCGCAAAAAAAAUAUACUCCAACAACACGUCCACCGAUUGUUGAAGAUGCUUACGUCAACGUACUUUCACAUUUUUAACCUCGAAUACGACUCAUCACUCCCAAAACCCCCGAUUGAACAAAAACAACAGGCCCUUUAGGCCCCCAAACCCGGAACAUCUCAUGAAACAACUGUUUCAUCAUUGACGAUGCAAAAUAACUCUAAAACAAGAGAAAUGUUUAUAGUAAGAGCACUGGAAAAAAUACUAGCCGAUAAGGACGUCAAGCGUUCCCACUUGUCACAAUUACGAAAAUCAUGUGAAACAGCACUAGACGACCUUCGAAAGGAGAUAAAAGAGGUGCCAAACGUGCAAGGCGAGGAGGCGAUAUCAAACGCCCUGCCCCAGCCGAAGAACGACUCAAACGUAAUAUCAGCAGAGAAAUACUUUCUCCCCUUCGAGCUAGCAUGUCAGAGCAAAUCCCCCCGAAUAGUGGUGACAGCCCUGGACUGCCUGCAGAAGUUGAUAGCAUAUGGCCACCUGACUGGCAACGUUCCAGACUCAACAGAGCCCAACAAACUGCUGAUCGUGAGGAUAGUGGAGACGAUAUGCACCUGCUUCAUGGGCCCCCAGACAGAUGAGGGGGUCCAGUUGCAGAUAAUCAAGGCACUUUUAACUGUGAUGACUAGUCAACAUGUCGAAGUACAUGAAGGGACUGUUUUAUUGACGAUACGCACUGUGUAUAACGUUUAUUUGGCGUCGAGGAAUCUUGUUAAUCAGACGACAGCUAGGGCUACGUUGACGCAGAUGAUUAAUGUUAUUUUUGCGCGAAUGGAGACGCAGGCUGAGGACGAUGCGAGGAUUGGAGAGAAUACGUGUCCCCAGCCCCCAGAGACCCCAGUAACCCGAGUGGACCUGGACGAGACCCCAGGGGAUCCCCCCGAAUCCUCCUUCGAGUCCUCCCAAAUCGUCGCCAGCAUCCUCGAUGAGGUAAUAGCCACCGUCGUACCUGAAGACCCGCCAGCGCCCUCGCCCCUGGAGGACACCAACCCCGACCAAGUCCAAACCGACGACAACACCGACGAGACGACAACCGAGGCCGACAAUAUGGUGACAGCAAAGUUCAGUCAUGUCCUUCAGAAGGACGCCUUUUUAGUCUUCAGAGCCCUGUGCAAGCUCUCGAUGAAGCCUCUGCCUGACGGCACCCCAGAUCCCAAAUCCCACGAGCUGAGGUCCAAGAUCCUGUCCCUGCAGCUGCUCCUGGGCAUCCUCCAGAAUGCCGGGCCAGUCCUGAGGUCCAACGAGAUGUUCGUAAUAGCGAUUAAACAGUACUUGUGCGUCGCGUUAUCGAAGAAUGGAGUGUCCUCAGUUCCCGAAGUAUUCGAGCUGUCGCUGGCACUGUUCCUAGCCCUGCUGGCUCGAUUUAAGGUCCACCUGAAGAUGCAGAUCGAGGUGUUCUUCAAGGAGAUCUUUAUGAACAUCCUGGAGACGUCCAGCAGUUCGUUCGAACACAAGUGGAUGGUGAUUCACGCCCUGACGAGGAUUUGCGCCGAUGCCCAGAGUGUCGUGGACAUCUACGUUAACUACGACUGCGACCUGUCAGCAGCGAAUUUAUUCGAGAGACUUGUCAACGAUCUGUCGAAAAUAGCGCAGGGUCGUCAGGCACUGGAGCUCGGUGCCUCCCCCAAUCAGGAGAAGUCGAUGAGGAUCAGAGGGCUCGAGUGUCUAGUUUCCAUUCUCAAGUGCAUGGUGGAGUGGAGCAGGGAUCUCUACAUCAACCCUGGCACCCCAGUGGACCAGCAAAUGCCCACUGAACCACCCGAUCCACCUCUCAACUCGUUGCCUCGUUAUGGCAGUGCUGGCAGUCUGUCAUCAGCGAAUUCUAGUCUUGUAGGGAAUAAGGAGGUGUCGGACUCGCCAGAGCAGUUCGAGGUGCAGAAGCAGCAGAAGGAGGUGUGGGAGGCCGGCAUCGAGAUAUUCAACAGAAAGCCCAGCAAAGGGAUUCAGUAUCUACAGGAGCAGGGACUGCUCGGGGCCUCUGCUGAGGAUGUCGCGAGGUUUCUCCAUGUCGAUGAGAGACUCGAUAAAACCGCCAUUGGGGACUUUCUGGGGGAUCAUAAUCACAAUCAGGUCAUGUAUAAUUACAUAGACCAGAUGGACUUUGUUAAUAGGGAUUUGGUGUCGGCGCUCAGGUAUUUUUUGGAGGGCUUCAGGCUGCCUGGGGAGGCGCAGAAGAUUGAUAGGCUCAUGGAGAAGUUCGCCAGUCGGUACUGCGAGUGCAAUCCAAACAAUGGCUUGUUUACCAGUGCAGACACCGCUUACGUCCUAGGUUUUUCGAUAAUAAUGCUGACGACUGAUCUCCAUUCGCCGCAGGUCAAGAAUAAAAUGACCAAAGAGCAGUAUAUCAAAUUGAAUCGACGGAUUAGUGAUAAUGAGGAUCUACCCGAGGAGUAUCUCUCUAAAAUUUACGACGAGAUCGCUGGGAAUGAGAUCAAGAUGAAGUCGCAUCCCAACAGGCCAGGGAAGCAAGUGAUCUCCAGUGAGAAGAAGCGUCGCCUUCUCUGGAACAUGGAGAUGGAGCUCAUCUCGACAGCAGCGAAGAACCUCAUGGACUCAGUGAGUCACGUGCAGGCGCCGUUCACCACAGCCAAGCACCUGGAGCACGUCCGUCCAAUGUUCAAGAUCGCGUGGACCCCCUUCUUGGCAGCGUUCAGCGUGGGCCUCCAGGACUGUGACGACCCGGAGAUCGCCUCCCUCUGCCUGGACGGCAUCAGAUGUGCGAUCCGCAUCGCCUGCAUAUUCCACAUGUCCCUGGAGCGAGACGCCUACGUCCAGGCCCUAGCCAGGUUCACACUGCUGACCGCCAACUCUCCCAUCACCGAGAUGAAGGCCAAAAACAUCGACACGAUAAAGACCCUGAUAACGAUAGCUCACACCGACGGCAACUACCUGGGGAGCUCCUGGCUGGACGUGGUGAAGUGCAUCUCUCAGCUGGAGCUGGCCCAGCUGAUUGGCACUGGGAUAAGGCCCCAGCUGCUGGGGCCCCCCUCGAAGCCCUACUUCCCCUCGCCCCUGAACAACUUCACAAGCCUGACUCACAACAACUCGCACCAGUCCAACAGCCUGAACCUCUCCUCCUUGGACCCCAGUGUGAAGGAGUCCAUUGGAGAGACUAGUUCCCAGAGUGUUGUGGUGGCAGUCGACAGGAUCUUCACGGGCUCCACGCGCCUGGAUGGCGACGCCAUCGUGGAGUUCGUGAAGGCCCUCUGCCAGGUGUCCCUGGAGGAGCUGUCCCACCCGACGCAGCCCAGGAUGUUCUCCCUGACGAAGAUCGUGGAGAUAUCCUACUACAACAUGGGGAGAAUCAGGCUGCAGUGGUCCAGGAUAUGGCAGGUGGUGGGCGACCAUUUCGAUCGGGUCGGCUGCAGCCCCAGACAGAAUAUCGCCUUCUUCGCUGUGGACUCUCUCAGACAGCUUGCCACGAAGUUCAUUGAGAAGGGGGAAUUCGCGAAUUUCAGGUUUCAAAAAGAGUUCCUGCGGCCCUUCGAGCACAUAAUGAAGAAGAACAGAUCUCCAAUCAUCCGAGACAUGGUAGUAAGAUGUGUAGCCCAGAUCGUCCACUCGCAAGCGCCGAACAUAAGAUCAGGCUGGAAGAACAUUUUCAGCGUGUUCCACCACGCCGCGAGUGACCGAGACGAGUCCGUCGUCGCCCUAGCCUUCUCAAUGACCGGAAAGAUAAUCAACGAGCUCUACGCCGAAGACUUCAGUAUCAUGGUGGAUUCCUUUCAAGACGCUGUCAAGUGCCUGAGCGAGUUCGCUUGCAAUUCGUCAUUUCCGGACACAAGUAUGGAAGCGAUAAGACUGAUUCGCACGAGUGCCUCGUACAUCGACGCCAACCCCCAGAUGUUCGCUGAGGGAAUGAUGGAUGAGAAUGGAAUGGUGUCGGAGGAGGACAGAGCCUGGGUCAGGGGUUGGUUUCCCCUCCUCUUCGAGCUGUCCUGUGUUGUCAGCAGGUGUAAACUGGACGUGAGAACAAGAGCCCUGACUGUGCUUUUCGACGUGGUGAAGACUCACGGGAGCUCCUUCAAGCCUCACUGGUGGAAGGACUUGUUCCAGGUCCUCUUCAGGAUUUUCGAUAACAUGAAGCUGCCUGAACAGCACACAGAGAAGGCUGAGUGGAUGACGACCACCUGCAACCACGCACUCUACGCCAUAGUAGACGUUUUUUCGCAGUUCUACGACGUCCUGGGGCCCCUGCUCCUGGCCCAACUGUAUUCCCAACUCCUCUGGUGCGUGCAACAGGACAACGAGCAGUUGGCGAGAUCAGGGACGAAUUGUCUCGAGAAUCUCGUCAUCAGUAAUGGCAUUAAAUUCGACGAGGACACCUGGACGAAGACGACAAGGUGCAUUCUAGACAUCUUCGAGAGCACUUUGCCUGGAGUUCUGCUCACCUGGAAGCCCCCCUCCAUCAACAGGGAGUCAGAUCUCGACGUGAUUACUGGGGAGAAUGAGAAUCACGUGGGGAUUCUGAAGAGGAGCAACAGCACUCAGAGUUUGACGAGCAGCAAUUCGGACGUGGGGAGCAACAGGAUCUUCUCCGCGCUGUUGAUCAAGUGUGUGGUUCAGCUGGAGUUGAUCCAGACGAUUGAUAACAUCGUGUUUUACCCGGCGACGUCCAGAAAAGAGGACCAGGAGAAUCUGGCGCUGGCCCAAGCUGACAUGCUCAACGGGAGGUCCAGUGAUUCUGGACUGGAUGGGUCUGGCAGUGAGCAGAAGGAGGAGCAGGGCAUGUAUUCCGCCCUCAACACCAUACACCUGAUUCAGCUUGUUGAGUGCCUACUCAGGUCUCAUCGUUUCGCCAAGAGCUUCAAUGUCAAUAAUGAACAGAGGAAUGUGCUCUGGAAAGCAGGAUUCAGGGGGACUGCCAAACCCAAUUUGCUUAAGCAGGAGACGCAGUCGCUGGCUUGCGCCCUCAGGAUUCUAUUCAAAAUGUACAAUGACGAGUCCCAUCGGGCCAAUUGGUCGACUGUGGAGUCGCAUCUCGUGGAGACCUCGAGGGAGGCUUUGGAGUACUUUCUGGCACUUUCUAAUGAAGCUCAUAGAGACGCCUGGACACCUAUUCUCCUUCUUCUGCUCAAUAGGAUUCUUAAAAUGUGUGACAACAGAUUCGCCGUUCAUGCGGCUAAUUGUUACUCAUUACUCUGCGAAGUCAUGUGUUUCGAUCUCAAGCCAGAGCCUCGAUCGGUUUUACGAAGAUUUUUCCUCAGGAUCGGACCGGUCUUCAGGAUUACACCGAUGUAACGAACAUGGAGGCAGUGAUAAAUGUAAAGUAUGGAGUGAUCGGGGGUUCAUCACCCCUGAUUUAUCAGUUUUCAUGAAGUGUAUGUAUUAAAUCACGCGAAUCAGUAAGAAUAUACAUAAUGUUAUAUAUAUAGUUUAAUACUAGGCGGAAAUGUACUAAUGUUGAAUUCAGAGUGAAUGAUUGGAUGGCAGUGCACUGGAGGACUCCGUCUAAUCGUGUAUUUUUCUCUUCUGUUUACAGUGUGCAAGGUUGAAUUGUAAGUGGGGGUGAAUUAAGAGAGAAUAUAUAUAAAUAUGAGUGGAUGUUUGAGGGGAGAUUUUUCGCCCGAGGAAUUAUGCUCGUAGUUUUAAUAAAAACAUGAAACAA